GGUCCUCCAUCUUGUGUCUUCUACCUACAAAUACUCUCGACAUCUUCUCCACUCCAUCCACCUUGCUUGCUUCGUCCAUCAGUGACUCUCCUUUUUCUUGUUCUCCUUUCUUUCUUUCUAAGAUCCUAUCUUUCUCACUAAGCUUAGAUGAAGGAAAUGGAAGCUGCAGAAGAAGCCUCGGGCAUCGACGUCGGCGAGUGCGGCAGCUGCAACGGGGAAUUCCUACAGCCUGCCGUCGUCGCGAAGGGCAAGCGCACGAAGCGGCAGCGGAGCCACCCGCGGCUGCACACGGUCCUCGCUGACUCUUCGUCGACCUCCUCGUCCGAGCACUCGGAGAGCAUCACCGAGGAGGACGAGGACGUGGCCAACUGCCUCAUCCUUCUUGCGCAGGGCCGCGCCCGACUCACCGAUUCCGGGCGUGGACCGGAAGGCCUACCAGGAGAAGCCGCCGAUGGCGACGGCGGCGGCGUGGCCGAGAAGUCCAGUAGCAGAAGGCCUCCUGAGGCCGCGACGACAACCGGCUGCGCCUAUGAAUGCAAGACGUGCAGCAGAUGGUUCCCGUCGUUCCAGGCGCUCGGCGGGCACCGUGCCAGCCACAAGAAACCUAAGCUGACCGCCGCGACGACGAUCGCCAUCGAGGAAAGAAAAGAAUCGAUCCAUGAUCGCCUGCUGCAAACAAGUACGAAUCCUUUCUCGCAUCCGGUUCGUGGUGUUGAGCAGAGUAACACUAAGACGAAGACCCACGAGUGCUCGAUAUGCGGUUCAGAAUUCAGUUCCGGGCAGGCGCUCGGCGGCCACAUGAGGCGGCACAGGCCACCGGUGGCGGCCAUUCCAGAGAGCCAAGACAUCAAGAAGGAGAGGUUCCUUCUUCCUUUGGAUUUAAACCUCCCGGCGCCCAUCAACGACGACGCUCAGAUCCCUCCUCCGCCAGCUUCCCCAUUCGCCCCUGGGCGACCGCUCGUCUUCGCGGCGUCCGCCUCAGCUCUUGUCGACUGCCGCUACUAAGAAGAAGCAACAUCAAAGCCGAUCAAGCUGCCCAUCUUUCUCUCCAUCUCAUCAACCUCUCUCCUUCCCCCUCCAAUCGGGUGUCAGUCGGAUCAUGUGAAUCAUUAUCAUCUCCUUCAUGGAUUUCAUCCUCUCUCAAGAAGGCAGGU